AUGUGUGAAUUUGCAUUUGACUAUAUAAGAUUCUCCUAUUAUAAAUUUAUCUGAAUUAAAAUGAGCACUGACGAUAAAUCUGCACUUAGUAAUAAUGAUGCCAAUUUGCUCAAAUUAUUACUCGAUAAGCAGAAAGAUGCCAAUACGAAUGUUGAUAGUGACGAAGAGUCUGAAAAAGAAGAGAAUGAUGGUCUGGAACUCACUAAAAAUACCAAAAGUUCCCAGCAGAAUCUUAAUAUUUCUCAAGAGUCUCACGACUCUGAUGAUAUUGCACGCGAACAGAGGUAUGAAAAACAUCGGUCUAAGAAGAAAUCCACUGGUCAAAAAUCUCCAAGACCUCAGUAUUUGAUCGAUAAGGAACAGAGGGAAAGAAGAAAACUUAAGAAGACUAAUACUGAAAGUCCAUUAAAAUAAACGGGAUAAGAAAGAGAAAGAGAAACAGACAGAUCGUCAGUUCAAGCCAGUGCACAAAACCUUUACUGAAGAUGAUGAGCUUCCAGAUUUAGAUCAUUUGGGUAUCAAAGUCGAGGAACGAAACAACCAGAUCAUGUUUGACCUUAAUGGGAAAAAGAAAGUAGAGGUUAAGAACUUCUGUGGCAGUGUACUCAUUGAUUUACGUGAGUAUUUCUACAAAGAGAACCAAUGCUUACCCACAAAGAAAGGAUUAAGCAUCACCAAGGAUAUCUGGGAUAAGUUUAAAGCUAUCAUCCCACAUGUAGAUAAGGCAAUGGAGAAGAUCUCCAUUGACGAAAGCCAUUACAACAAGCACUAUUAAUUCUUUGUAAAUUUCAUAAACCUUGAACACAAAGU